AUGAGUGAGAAUGGCUUGCUCAUGACCAAAACCAAUCUAAUGUGUAAUGAUAAAUCCAAGAAUCAGAAUAAAAGUCGUUUGACCUCUAGAAAAAGCAAAAAAUGGAAGAAAAAUUCAAAAGUACAAGAUGCAAUUAAAUUGCAAUCAAACAUGUCGGAUCAGAAAUCUUCAGAUAUUUCGGAUAGGACAAAAAAAUAUGCCGAUAAUUCUAUUGCUGAUGAUUUGAAAGACCUUUCUUUGGAUGACAAACUUGAAAGGCGAGCUCAAAGAUUUAAAAAUGAAGAAACCACCUCCAAAGACAGGAACGAUUAUGGCUAUGUUAGCAGAGGUGAGGAUUUCAGAUUACAAAGAAGCCCAAAAGAGCAGGAAUUGUUUUUUAAAUCAAUUCUCUUUUCAUUUGUUAACUACUGUAAUGCUAAUACGUCAUCUGAACUUCAUGAUGAUUUACGAAAUUUUGUUGAAGAAGAGAAUAUUAUGAUAGGCAAUGUAGAAAGUCAGGAAGUUUCAAUUGCUUCAAUACUUGAAUCUUUAAGAAAGUUACGGGAGGCUUUAAUAUCUCUGAAACCAAAUGAAUUUACCAAAAAAGUGUUUUUAUUUUCAGUAAGACUUUCUUCAAGUAUGGGAUACUUUCAAACUUUUGUGCCGAGCAUUAUGCAUUUACUUCAGUUUCAAAACUACAAUUUGUUGUCGGAGCUUGAACUUCAAGAAAUAUCGACGUUGCUAGUAUUGUACAUUUCACACUUUAAUCAGGAUAACUCAAAAGCUCUUCGAUAUUAUUUUAGGUACUUGAAAGAGUACGACGACCAACGAACGUUAAUGGUUUUAAGAAGCUGGAUAAUGAAUGAUUAUUAUACUUGGAUCAGACUAUAUAACUCUGAAAUAGACAGCUGCAGGGCCUCUGUCAUGAAACUUGGGCUCCCGAUUGUUCUUCAGACCAUGACAUCUUGUGUCUCCAAGUCAUACUAUUCAAUGGGAUUUAAAGACUUCGAAAAUUCAUUAUUACCUAAUAAUGUCACCUUUGACAACCUAGUUGAAAAUUACAAUUUAGCGUGGAGAAAAGAGGCUUCUGUGAUCAUUUUUAGAGAUCGGAAAUAG